AAUACACUCAUAAACACUCUGUUAUCAUGUUAAAAUUUGUCAACCACUUUUCCGCGCAGCACGGCGUGUUUCUGUACAUUUUCUCGUGAAUGAAACGGAACCAAAGAGGUUUGUUCCCUUGGAGACACCGUAACGGUAAUGCACGCAGUUUCCGCCCAACAGGAAGCGAGCGGAGUCCAGUGAAAGUGAGUGAACUAUCAAAACAAACCAGCGGCGACAAAAUUAUCUCUUAAGUCCCGGCAUCCUCGCAGAUAAGGAGUCCCUUUUCCACCAUGGAUGGCAUACGCACGCCUCUGCGGUGUUUCAGUGAGCAGCAUUCGGCAGAAAUGUUUGUGGAUGAUGGGGUGGAGACGGUGACUUCUGUGGAGCAGAAAAAGGUGGAAAAAUCCAUUGAAGAAGUCAUCAGUGUUUACAAGCAAAUACACAGCUUACCACAGCCGACGUUGUUGCGCGAACAACACUACCAGUAUCUCAAGAAGGGCUUACGUCAUUUAUCAGAUGCUUAUGAGUGUCUGGAUGCUAGCCGACCAUGGCUUUGCUUCUGGAUUCUUCACAGUCUGGAGUUACUAGAGGAGCCCAUUCCUUCUGCUGUCGCCUCAGAUGUGUGUCAGUUUCUGGCACGCUGUCAAAGCCCAACAGGGGGGUUUGCAGGGGGACCUGGGCAACACGCCCACCUUGCACCCACCUACGCUGCUGUCAACGCCCUCUGCAUCAUCGGCACAGACGAGGCCUAUAAUGUUAUAGACAGGGAGAAGCUGCUAGAUUUCCUGUGGUCAGUGAAGCAGCCAGAUGGCUCCUUUGUCAUGCACAUUGGUGGGGAGGUGGAUGUCAGGAGUGCAUAUUGUGCAGCUUCUGUGGCAUCGCUCACAAACAUCCUCACACCUAAACUGUUUGAGGGCACAACCAGCUGGAUUCUCAGGUGUCAGAACUGGGAGGGUGGUCUAAGUGGAGUACCAGGUUUGGAGGCGCACGGCGGUUACACGUUCUGUGGUACAGCCGCUCUUGUUAUCCUGGGAAACGAACACAUGCUGGAUCUCAAAGCCUUGUUGAGGUGGGUGAUCAGCAGACAGAUGCGAUUCGAGGGAGGUUUCCAAGGCCGCUGCAAUAAACUGGUGGACGGCUGCUACUCUUUCUGGCAAGCUGGACUCUUGCCUCUACUCCACAGAGCCUUAUACAACGAAGGAGAGUUGGCGCUGAGCCGGCAGCGGUGGAUGUUUGAGCAGCAGGCCUUGCAGGAGUACAUCCUCCUGUGCUGUCAGAACCCAACAGGAGGCCUUCUGGACAAGCCUGGCAAGUCCAGAGAUUUUUACCACACGUGUUACUGCCUCAGUGGCCUCUCCAUAGCACAGCACUUUGGGAACAUGGACCACCAUCAUGAGCUGAUCCUUGGGAAGGAGGAGAAUAGAUUGGCUCCAACUCAUCCAGUUUACAACAUCUGUCCAGAGAAGGUGGCUCAGGCCCUGCAGCACUUUCACCGGCUGCCCGUCCCCGAGGUCAACAGGCAGCCAGGAGCCUCCGGUGAAGACAGACCGUCAGACGCCGCUGCUGCCUCCUCAUCAGCCAACCUGCAGCCCUAGUUAGUCUUAAGCAGAAGCGUCACUGUGCAUAAAAGUCAGCCAACUUGGGAUCUCGUCCGAGCCGGGAAGCGGCAGUCAGGUCUUUUGUGGACGAGCCCAAGAGCCAGCGGGAUGGUCGACCCUCGCCACAGACGAGGGCUGAAGUUUGCCCAAAUAAAGGUCAACGAUUUUGUGUGGGCAGCCUCACUUUCAGCUGAAUUUUUUUUUUUUUUUUUUGCUUGCAUUGCCUAAUGUUUUGAUUCUCUGAAAUAAAGGAGAAACUUUAU